AUGAAGAAACCCAAUAUCAAUGAUGCAUCAUCUACAGAUAUUGAAUUUCAUCCCAAUAACCUUAAACUUUUGAUCAAGAAGGACGAAAAAGAUAGUUAUUUAAAGCUAUCAUUGCCUUUGAUCAUCACAUUUUGGUUCCCUUUUAUGAUUUCGUUCUCUGCAUUUGGUCCUAAUCAUGGCAAUGAAGGGAAUGCAGGUGUCUCUUAUAAGAACUUCACUAAUAUGAGCUCGUAUCCAUACCUUGAAGAUCAAGGCAGAAAUCAUACAGAGAAGAUCCUUUUGGAGUUGAAUAUUUCUAGAGUCUAUAACGAUUCUCCAUUUUAUGAAGCUAGCAUUGAAGAAACCGAGGAUAAUCCUCUUCAGGAAAAAAGCCCAGGGGAGGACUUAUUGUGGAAAAUUUUAGGUUAUUCGACAUUCAUUUGUGAACGACAAGUUCAAGAUAUUUAUAUCGAAAGUAAACAAGAAGGGGUACAGACGGACCAUUUAACAUAUUUCACUUCAGACGAUUUUAAGACCAUUACAAAGCAGGACAACAGGCUAAGUGGUGUCCCAAGCAGGUUAGUCAAUAUCACUCACAGGCUCGAGGCAGAUGGCACUAAAUACAACUACGCAGCUGCAUCAAAAGGAGCAAAAGUUGUAGCUCAUGAUAAGGAAGCUAAAGGUGCAAAUAGUAUCUUAGGCGGAGAUCAUGAUAUGUAUUUGAGGAACCCUUGUUCAGUUCCUGAUAAAUUUGUAGUCAUUGAGCUUGCAGAAGAAACUUUAGUCGAUGCAAUAAUGAUGGCAAACUAUGAACAUCAUUCUUCUAACUUUAAGCAAUUUGAAUUAUUGGGAAGUUUGGUUUUUCCAGCAGAAACAUGGUAUGAGCUUGGGACUUUUGUUGCAGACAAUGUCAAACAUAAUCAAUACUUUAAGUUACCUGAACCGAAAUGGGCUAGAUACAUUAUGUUGAGAUUAAUUACUCAUUAUGGAACAGAAUUUUACUGCACGCUUAGCGUUUUUGAAGCAUAUGGUAUUGAUGCAAUUGAAAAAAUGCUUGAAGAUUUGUUCAUGGCUUCAGGGGAAGCAACUGAUAGAAAAUUAUCAAAUCCUAACCGGACUGCAGCUCCUGCUUUGUGGGAAACUACUGGUUUUUCUAAAAAACUCGAUGGUGACAAUAAAAAAAUCGAAGGGGUAGAUGAUAACGAUGCAAAAAAGAAGCCAUUGAUAGAUAUUAAAGUUCCUGAAACUAUAACCAAAGGUAAUGGAAGAAUACAUGGUGAUGCUGUUUUAAAGAUUUUGAUGCAAAAGAUUCGACUAUUGGAAAAUGAUAUAUUGUCAUUGGAGGAUUACAUUAAUGAAGUGAACCAGAUACAGGGGGACGUUCUUCCACAUCUAGACAAAGAAAUUGUUAAGUAUUCAAGGCUCGUAGAGCAAACUAGAUCGGAAAUUAAGGAAUUCUGGCCGUGGAAAGAGACCAUGGAGAAAGGCAUUGCAGACUUGGAGUCAUGGAAAGCUUCAGUAUCAUUCCUAUUGGAGUCAGUUGUCAAGGAAAAAGCCAUGCUAAGGCAAGAUAUCGAGAAGAUAGCAAGAGAUGAAGAAAGCGUGGACAAGACUGAACAUGUUUUACUUUGUGCAAGCCUUUCUUUCGCAAUCGUUAUUGCCUUCAAGAUUCUUUGGAAUUUGUUACCAAACUCUGCCAGUAGCUUGCCUCAAAGGCAAGUAAGCAGGCCAAAACGAAGGUGGAAGCCACUGGUUUUUACCUGCAUCUUUUCAAUAGUGGUUACUUUAGCUUUUUGUUAGACUGUUGAACAACGCUAAGCUCGAGAUACUUGUACAUUACCGUUAGUAUAGCCAUUGUUGCGGUUCAUAGUUCAUCCAAAA